AUGGCACCGUAUGAGGCACUUUAUGGUCGUAAGUGUUGCACUCAUUUGUGUUGGACUGAGUUGGGUGAGCAACGUGUUCUGGCUCUGGAGCUGAUCUCUGAGACUGAGGAUAAGGUUCGGUUGAUCCGAGAACGUCUGAAAGUGGCUUCUGAUAGGCAGAAUUCUUAUGCUAAUUUGAAUAGGAAAGACAUUAAGUAUUCUGUUUUGAGGUUCGGACGCAAGGGUAAGCUGAGUCCUCGGUUUAUCAGGCUGUACUGGAUUCUGAAGCGAGUGGGGCUAGUCGCAUAUCAAUUGGAGCUACCUCUAGAGUUGGAUCAUAUACAUGACGUGUGUCACGUCUUGAUGUUGAGACGUUAUCGCUCUAAUCCCACACACAUUGUGCCUAUAGAGAAGAUUGAGGUUAGACCAGAUCUGACGUUCGAGGAGGAGCCAGUUCAAAUUUUGGAUCGCGACGUCAAGAUUCUGUGUAGGAAAUCUAUUACUUUGGUAAAGGUGCUAUGGAGGAAUCAUAGCACUGAGGAAGCUACUUGGUAG